AUGCUAGUCCAGUCCAACAAGAUCACUGCUAUGGACUUCGCCAAGCUAGGCUUCAAGACAGUCCCUCAGGAACCAUGCGUCAUGAUUAAAGGAGCCGUCAUCGUCUUCUUCUAUGUCGACGACAUCAUCUUGGCCUAUCGAAAAAGGGACCAGCAAGUCGCCACGGAAGCUAUAUCCGGCCUGCAGCAACGAUACAAGAUGAGCAUACUAGGGGAACCAAAGUGGUUCUUAGGGAUCCGUAUCCUUAGGCACCGACUUAGUCGGACGAUUUGGCUGACGCAAGAUGCCUAUAUCGACAAGAUCGCUAUGAAGAGCUCCCAGGGAUAUGUCAUGACCCUGUUUGGAGGCUCUGUCGCAUGGAGAGCAUCAAAGCAAGCUACUGUGGCUACCUCGAGCACAGAGGCAGAGCUGCUCGCUCUUUCAGAAGCAUCAAAGGAAGCCAUCUUCCUCAGCAGACUGCUCCGCUCCUACAAGAAGGAAGUCCGAAGUUGUCAACCAGGCUACGGCAUGUUGAUACACACCAACACUGGCUACGUCAGGAAGUGCAAGGAAGCAGAAUACGCCCUCGUUGGGUUCCAACAGCUGAAAUGCGAGCCGAUGGAGAUUGGUGAAAGGUUGAAACUGGAGGCUAGGCUGGAGGAGCUGAAGGACAAGAUCAAGGACUGUAGGAACACCGAAUGA